AUGGGAUGUGGACUGAAUGCCUCCAACCUCUCUGGAGCCAUGGGCCAUGGGGAUAUCCUGAUCGGGGCUUUGUUACCUUUCCAUAUCGAUAAACUGUUCAAGAAAUUCAUGUUUACAGAGGCCCCUCUACCAGACAUCUGCUCCAUGUACCUCCUCGAAAUGUUUCAGCAUUUUCAGGCUAUGAGGUUUGCGUUAGAGGAAAUCAAUGGAAACCCAGAUCUUCUCUCUAAUGUCACUCUUGGAUUUGUUGCUUUUGAUUCUUGUGCUGCUUUACGGAAAGAGCUGGAAGGAACUUUGUGGAUGUUAACGGGUCAGGAUGUACCGAUACCUAAUUAUAGUUGCCGUGAAAGGCCAGAUCUGGCGGCUGUCCUUGGACACACAAUGUCCUCAUCUUCUAUUCUCAUGGCUCAAGUACUGGGAAUUUAUAGGUUCCCACAGAUCAGUCAUUUUUCUACAAGCUCUCUGUUGAGUGAUCGCACUCAGUUUCCAUCAUUCUUCAGGACUGUCCCGAGUGACACUUUCCAGUCAAUGGGUCUAGCACAGCUCAUCCUACAUUUUGCAUGGACGUGGGUUGGGUUGGUUGCUUUAGGAAAUGACUAUGGUCAGCAAGGUGUUCAAGUGGUCAAGAAGGAGCUCCUCAAAGCUGGAGCUUGUGUGGCCUUCACAGAGUUCAUUGUUGCCAACAGUGAAGACAGAAACAUACCUCAUAUCACUAGGGUUAUAAAUGAGUCGACUGCCAAUGUCGUGCUCGUGUUUGCUAGUGAUCUCUACUUUGUGCUCCUUGUGGAAGAAAUGUUAAAGGAAAAUGUAAAUGGGAAGAUUUUUGUGGCCAGCGAGGCUUGGUCUACCUCACCUAUUUUAGGGGUGGAGAAAUAUUCUUCGAUAUUGAAGGGUUCUAUUGGCUUUGCUUUCUACAGCUCUGAUAUUCCCGGCUUUAAAGAAUUUGUGACCGAUAUCCAUCCUCUUCCUCUUAAAGGUCCAGAAAAAAGCCUGAACCAAAUAUUCUGGGAAAAAACUUUUGGAUGCAGAUUUUUGGACCAAAUGAGUCUUACUCAAUCAUGGAACAAUUCCACAAAGUUGUGUACAGGAUUUGAGAAUCUCAGCACUGUAGACAAUGUUUACACUGACAUGUCUAAUUUAAGAGGUUCUUUUAGCAUCUACACUUCAGUUCAGGUUAUUGCCAAAGCCCUCCACGACAUGAGCACUUGUCAGAAAGGUAAAGGCCCUUUCUAUAACAGGAAUUGUGCAGACAUUUGGGACUUCAAGCCAUGGCAGCUUAAGCUUUAUAUCCAGAAUGUGCAUGUUAAGCUUAAAAAUGGAAGAGAGGUCUUCUUUGAUAAAAACGGGGACCUUCCGGCAGUGUAUGAUAUUGUGAACUGGCAGAGGGGAUCGGAUGGGAUCAUAAAGAAGGUCAAGGUGGGAAGCUACGACACAUCAGUCACUGAUGGAGACAUCUUCACUAUUAAUAAAAGCAAAAUCACAUGGCCUACAGGAAAAGAACAGGUUCCAAAGUCAAUAUGCAGUAAGAGUUGUUCUUCAGGUUGUAGAAGAGUUGUUAGACGAGGAAAACCUGUAUGUUGCUUUGAGUGUGUCCUGUGUCCUUAUGGAGAAUUCUCUAACCGAACAGACUCGGAUGACUGUUACAAAUGUCCGUGGAAUCUGUGGCCUAAUGCUGAAAGGACCAAAUGCCUUCCAAAGACAAUUGAGUAUCUUUCCUUUGAAGGACCAUUAGGUGGCUCUUUGACUGCUGCUGGAGUCUCUUCAUCCUCGGUGACAGUUUUUAUCUUGUGCCUGUUCAUUCGCCACAGACAUACACCCAUCGUUAAAGCCAACAACUACUCUUUAAGUUGCAUUCUACUUAUGUCCAUAUCCCUCUGCUUUCUCUGCUCCUUAAAUUUCAUUGGAUACCCCCAGACUACUACAUGUCUGAUGAGGCAGACAAUAUUUGGUAUGGUUUUUGCAGUCUGCAUUUCUACAGUCUUGGCAAAAACCAUUAUGGUUGUCUUUGCCUUCAUGGCCACCAGGCCUAAUAGCAGACUUAGAAUAUGGACAAGCCCAAAGGUAUCCUACAUGAUGAUUUUUAUGUGCUCUGUUAUGCAAUUAUUAUUGUGUGUUUUGUGGUUGACUCAGGAUCCUCCAUUUUUUGUAUACAAUACUCAAACCCAACCAGAAAUCAUUAUAGCUGAGUGCAGUGAAGGUUCACAAAGUGCCUUUUGGGCCAUGUUGGGUUAUCUUGGCUUCUUGUCAUCAGUCAGUUUUAUUGUAGCUUUUCUCGCUCGCACACUCCCUGAUAGCUUCAACGAGGCCAAGUUUAUCACUUUCAGCAUGCUGGCCUUCUUGAGUGUCUGGGUGUCUUACAUCCCAGCUACUCUUAGUGCUCGUGGUCAAUAUGUAGUGGCCAUGGAGGUCUUUGCUAUCUUGUCAUCGAGCUGGGCCCUGGUGAUCUGUAUGUUUUUUCCAAAAUGUUAUAUCAUAUUGUUUAGAUCCAGCAUGAACUCUAAGGAAUAUCUCAGGGGCAAAGACAGGUAGCAAAAUAACAAUUACAAAAGUCACAUCUUACCAAAUGAAUCUACAUAAGUCGAAUGGACAUAGAUUCUUUCCCAUGCCAUCCAGCAACACAAAACCAGAGAUUCUACAAAAAUAUUAGCUCAGCAUUAGCCAGCAUGGGACUAGCACUAUCAAACACACGUUUAGGGAAUACAUCUGUGAAGGUUCCUAUUUAUGAAGGUUAUGGUUCAUCUAGUAGUUAGGCACUUUAGAUGGACUUGUCCUUUAAUGUUUAUGUUUUGCCACUUAUCCAGAUCUAAUGAGUGUCUGGAACAUUACUCAGGAUUUAUGCCCACAUGGUUAAGUCAGUCAUCUUAAUCCAAUCCGCAAAAUAUCAUGUUAUGUGUCAGUACAGUUCAUGUUUGUAACAUGACUCAACCGGUGGAUCCAGUUGGUGCUCAUAAG